GCGAGUGGUUUCGGUAGAUGUCAACAUCCGGCGGUCCUCUCUAGUGCUAGUGGCCCGUGGAAGCUCAAGAAAUGGCCCUCACGACUCUAGCCCGGAGUGGUCGACUAGUGGCUCAAAACCAGUCCCUACGGUACGUUUCUACGAAAUCCGGACCUUCUACCGGCAGAAAAGUCAUGUAUUCGUUGUUGGGUACGGCUGGCUUCGGUGCAGCCGGAGUCCUUUAUGCCCUCGAGAACUCGGUGAGCGCGAUGGAACUCGUAGCGCAUGCCCCGAAGUACCAAUGGCCCCACGGUGACUGGAUAGAGAGUUUCGACGCACGUUCGAUCCGUCGCGGUUACGAGGUGUUCAAACAAGUUUGCGCAGCGUGCCACAGUUUGAAGUAUAUCGCCUACCGUAAUUUGGUCGGAGUUUCACACACCGAAGAAGAAGCGAAGGCCGAAGCCGCUGAAGUCAUGGUCACGGAUGGGCCCGACGAGUCGGGCGAGAUGUUCCAGAGGCCAGGGAAGUUGUCAGAUCUCUUCCAGCCACCCUAUCCGAACGAGGAGGCCGCUCGUCACGCGAACAACGGUGCGUACCCCCCUGAUCUGUCGCUCAUCACGAAUGCCCGACAUGGGAAGGAGGACUACCUGUUCGCCUUGCUCACCGGAUACUGUGAUCCUCCGGCGGGCGUUACCAUAAGUGAGGGUCAAGCCUACAACCCGUACUUCCCUGGAGGUGCCAUCGGCAUGCCGCAAAUGCUGUACGACGAAGUGAUCGAGUACUCUGAUGGAACUCCGGCCACAGCCUCACAACUGGCCAAGGAUGUCAGCUGUUUCCUGAAGUGGGCCACGGAGCCUGAACACGAUCAGCGUCAGCGAAUCUUCUGGAGAAUCUUCCCCGUAAUAAGCGUCCUGUUCGUGGCGACCUGGGUCGUGAAGCGUAGCAAGUGGUCCUCGUUGAAGACACGGAAGAUCGUUUUCACGCCCAAGAAAUACGAUUAGAUGACUUACAUACUGUAAUCCGAGCGACGCCGGAGUGGCGAGGAGAUGCCGCGUUUAAUUUAUGCACGAGUUCCUCGCGAAUAUCCUACAUCAGCGAGCCCGGCCCUGGAAGCAAUCGGACGCUAAGCGUGGGGACACGGACAAGGAAAUCGUGGAUUCUUAGCUAGAGAACCUUGGAUUGGGGCUUUCUCUCCUGGAGAAAAACGUUCGCAUCUUCCUCGAGAGAGGCGAUAGUUUACAUAAAAACUGUUACUCA